GGUAUAGGUAUAUUUUUGUGAGUAAAAAUUUAUAAACAAUGAUUAACGAAGAGCCGCCUGAUGAAGAUGUAUUUAAAAUAUUAGUUGCAACAGAUAAUCAUUUGGGUUAUGGUGAGAAAAAAGCAGAAAUAGCUGAUGAUUCAUUCAGAACAUUUGAAGAAAUUUUAAAGUUAGCAGUAGAACAUUCAGUGGAUUUUAUUUUACUUGGAGGAGACCUUUUUCACAAUGCCUGCCCCAGUGCCUUUGCAACGUAUAAGUGCUUAGAUUUACUGAGAAAGUAUUGUCUUGGUGAUAAACCUGUUGAAUUUGAGUUUCUCUCUGACCAGUCGUUUCACUUUAGCCAUUUGUCAAAUCCCAGUGUUAAUUAUGAAGACCCUAAUUUAAAUGUGUCAAUGCCAGUCUUUAGUAUACAUGGAAAUCAUGAUGAUCCAGUUGGCCAGAAGCAAUUAUCUGCUUUGGAUAUUUUGGCAUCAGCUGGACUGCUUAAUUACUUUGGUCACUGGAAUGAUUUGACUAAAGUAGAUGUGGCCCCAAUGUUGUUAAAAAAGGGAGAAACUCAAUUAGCCAUAUAUGGAAUGUCACAUAUUAAAGAUGAACGAAUGGGAAGACUUUUUUUAGAUAAAAAGGUGACAUUCUUUAAAGCUGAAGGUGAUUGGUUUAAUUUAUUAGUUCUGCAUCAAAAUCGAUAUGAAGGUCGUGGUCGUAAAAAUUUUGUACCAGAUUCAGUUUUACCUGAAUUUUUGAACCUCAUAAUCUGGGGUCAUGAACAUGAAUGCAUAAUUGAACCUCAAAAAUGUAAAAGUGAUAGUAAUAUAUACAUAAGUCAGCCGGGAAGUUCAGUGGCUACCUCAUUAUCAAAAGGGGAAUGUCCCCAGAAGCAUGUAGGACUUCUUCAUGUUUACAAAACACAAUUCAAAAUGACUCCCAUUCCUCUUAAAACUGUAAGGCCUUUUGUGCACAGUGAAAUCCUUUUGGAAAUUAGAGAAGAAGACAAUCAAAAUGAAUAUGUGAAUAAAACACCGAAAGAAUAUGCAAUUCAACAAGUUAAUGAGGCCAUGGAAAAAUUAAUAAUAGAAGCAAAGAAAAAAGCAACUGAUGAAAGUAAAAACAUGUUGCCUUUUGUAAGGCUAGUAGUUUACUAUGCAGAUGAUUGUCAAAACUUUAAUGCAAUUCGAUUAGGAUUGACAUUCAAAGACAGGAUUGUAAAUCCUGAAGAUGCAAUUCUAUUAAAACGUGCAACAUCAAGGAAUUUUAAAAAUAAAAAUAAGUAUGAAGUGUUUGAAUCUGAAGACUUAAAAAAGGUAAACAACUUUAUGUACCCCUCAAUUGUUUAUGCGUUAGAUACGCUUUUAAAAACUUCAUUAAAAAUACUCAAAAUAAUACAUCUAAUAAAUUGUUCUAAAAUGUAUAAGCAAUUAAAAAAAAAUGNUGAUUGGGCCGAAGCAGUUGAAGAUGUGGUAAGAAAAUACUUUGAAAAUGAAGAAAACGGGAAAAAGAUUAAGGUAUGUUAUGCUGAACACUUGUUGGAAGCUGUAAGAAGGUUUACUGAUAAAGAAGAGUCAGAAUCGUCCAGCACAUUUGAUCCUUUCGAUGUGGUGAUAGAUCAUGAACGCAAAGAAACUGCAAAAAAAGUUAAGGAAAUUGCACCAGAACCUAGAGACUUAAAUAAUUGCUUGGAAAAUUUGAGGGCUGUUAGACAAGCUGCUGAGAAAGAAAUUACUACUACUAAUGUUGGUAAACUUUUGGACAAUGUGAAACUCACUUAUCCCACACGUUCUAAAAGUAGUGUUGGUUCGGAUAGUGAUGAAGCACUCAUGAUAUCUGAUGACGACGAUGGUGCAAGUCGUACAAUUAAUUUUAAUAACAAACCAGCUCGCGGAAGGGGUUCCAGAGGAGGAAGGAGAGGAACUGAAACUGGUAGGGCCAAGAGAAGGGGAAGAGCCAGAGGUGCUGCAGCUUUUCUGUAAUCAGUUAAAAAGGAUACAAACCUAAUAGUGUAAGAAGAAAGUAUUCAGGAAUUGAGAAAAAAGACUAAUCGAUUUCUAUAAACACAUAUUGGUUUUGUAUUUGUACCUCUAUCACGUUUAUAAGUGUUAUUAGAAUUCUCAUUUAAAUUUGAUGUAUAACUAGUUUUUAUUUUUUGUAUAAAAAACUUGUUUUUAAAGAUAAACAUAAGGCUAAUGAAAUAUUCAUCACAAAUAAAGCUGUUUAACUAAACACAGAA